AGCAACAUGCGACUUGAAGGACAUGAUCGAUUGUGGAUUUUGCUAUCCAUCAUUUUCCAUAGUAAUGAAAAUGCUCUUGGCUCGACAUAGCCUGUUCUAUUCGUUCCGAACCAAAUUUGCGCUGGGUUUAAGUAACAUAGUACACGAUGGAGCUCGAGAGGACAGAAUUUUUUUUAUCAAGGGAAAGAAUCUAGGGUUAGUGAAAACUAAUAAAUUAGGCCAACUUUGUCAGUCUAUCCUUAAUAUAGAAAUAAAUCGAAAGGUUAAAAUAAGAAGAAAGUCCAAUAAAAGUAUAUCAGAAUCAAUCCCUCUUAUUAGAUUUCUAUAGAAGAGAUAAAUGCUUUAUCGAAGGAAAUAAGAAAAAAGGGUAUGUUGCUACUCUUUUGAAAGAAAAAAAUAGGAAUUCCCGAAGUAAUGUCUAAACCCAAGGAUUUCACAAAUCAAAGAUAAAGGAUUCCAGAACAAGUAAACACAAUUUUCAAUUGUCUCAACAACAGAGUUGGAUUAGAAUAAGGAAUAAAAGUCAAUUCGUUCGAAAUGAGACAAAGAAAAGAGUUUAAAGACGACUCAAAAAUUUUGGAAGGAUUUUGCCUUCGAAGUUUGUCAGGCAAAAUUAGCCCACUUGAGUCAUGAGUAUAAAUGAAAUUUGUUUUUUCUGUAAGGAAAUUAAUGCACGUCAUAGUCUAAUUUCUAUUAUUAUCGACAGAAAUUCGAAUCAUUUUCUCGAGCCGUAUGAGGAGAAAACCUCAUAUACGUUUCUAGGGGGGGGCGUUGUUUAUCUACAUCUAUCCCAAUAAGCUGUCUAUCGAAUCGUUGCAAUUGAUGUUCGAUCUCGAAGAGAAGGAAGAGAUCUUCAAAAAGUAGGUUUUUAUGAUCCGAUAAAGAAUCAAACUUGUUUAAAUGUUCCAGCUAUUCUCUAUUUCCUUGAAAAGGGUGCUCAACCAACAAGAACUGUUUAUGAUAUUUUAAGGAAGGCAGAAUUCUUUAAAGAAAAAGAAAGAACUUUGAGUUAAUUGAAGAACUAAAUGAAUCAAAAAAUAGGAUAGGAGAAGAUUAUUAGUAUUCCUAGUUGUCUAAUUAUUUAGACACAAUUUACCUCUUUUUUAAUCCUAUUUGGAUUUAUAUUAUAUCGUGCCAAUCCAACAUAAGCCCCUAUUUUAUUUACUUUUUCUAUCUAAUUUGUUUUCUUACCAUUGUAUUUCCAUUGACAAAGGUCUAUUGAACAAAUAGAAUUUGUAGAUAGAUGGGUCUCUUUAUCCUCACUCCAUAUUCAAUUUUUCCGCCUACACUUCGCUCAAAUGAUAAGGGUGUUCCUCUUGCAUGUAUUCUCAUACAAUAUAAUAUAUAUUUUUUAUAAUAUAUAUUUUUUGUUAAUAAAAAUCGCUAAAAAUAAGGAGAAUUUGGCCAUCGUGAUUAGGGUCGCUCUUUUUUUAACUUUACUUUAGUGGAAUUUCACCGGACCUGUUCGUUUUGGCAUUUGAGUGUUUUUCAUGGUCGAUAAAAAAAAUCUUUUGAUGUCUUGCUAGUUCAAUGUUUUGACAGAAGCGCGCGGUGUAAUUCCAUUGAUUUUUGGAUUUCGAUCGUAUCUAAGAUCCUUUUUUUAUCUGGGUUGCUAACUCAAUGGUAGAGUACUCGGCUUUUAAGUGCGACUAUGAUCUUUUACACAUUUGGAUGAAACAACAAAUUCGUCCAGACUCUUGGUAGAGUCUAGAAGACCACGACUGAUCCUCAAAGGUAAUGAAUGGAAAAAAUAGCAUGUCGUAAUAAAAUCAAUCUUUUUUGAAUGGAAUCCAAAAUUACGAUUUUCUGGGUCUAAUGAAUAAAUGGAUAGAGCCUGGCUCCAAUUCUGGUAAAAUAAAAAGCAACGAGUUGAACUUCCUAAUUGGAAUGAUUCCCCGCUCUAAUUAGACGUUAAAAAUAGAUUAGUGCCGGAUGCGGGGAAAGGUUGGGUUUUCCUAUGAGUGGACCCUUUAUUUUUUCUUUUUUUUUUUAGAAAUCCUAAUUAUUCUUGAUUAUGGAUUGAAUAAGGGAUGUUAUGGAUUGAAUGUGUAAAAGAAGCAGUAUAUUGAUAAAGAGGCUGUAUUCCAAAGUCAAAAGAGCGAUUGGCCUGCAAAAAUAAAAAACUUGUUCUGUUCUUUUUUUUUAAUUAGAACAAACAUAAACUAAUUGGGUAGAAAAGGAGCAGAAAAAGAUCUGUGGAUUAGACUCCCUUUCUUUCCAGGGUUUGUAUUAAAAAUGCAACACCCUGUUCUGACCAUAUUGCACUAUGUAUCAUCAUUCGAUAAACCGAGAAAUGCUUCUUCUCUCUGAUUCAAGUAGAAAUACAAAUGGAAAAAUUCGAAGGGUAUUCAGAAAAACAUAAAUCUCGUCAACAAUACUUUGUCUACCCACUUCUCUUUCAGGAAUAUAUUUAUGCAUUUGCCCACCAUUAUGGAUUAAAUGGUUCUGAACCUGUGGAAAUAGUUGUUAGUUGUAAUAACAAGAAAUUUAGUUCACUACUUGUGAAACGUUUAAUUAUUCGAAUGUAUCAGCAGAAUUUUUUGGAUAACUCGGUUAAUCAUCCUAACCAAGAUCGAUUAUUGGAUUACAAAAAUUAUUUUUAUUCUGAGUUUUAUUCUCAGAUUCUAUCUGAAGGGUUUGCGAUCGUUGUGGAAAUCCCAUUCUCGCUACGGGAAUUUUUUUGUCUGAAAGAAAAAGAAAUACCAAAGUUUCAGAAUUUACGCUCUAUUCAUUCAAUAUUUCCCUUUUUAGAAGACAAAUUUUUGCAUUUGGAUUAUCUAUCACAUAUAGAAAUACCCUAUCCUAUCCAUUUGGAAAUCCUGGUUCAACUCCUUCAAUACCGUAUCCAAGAUGUUCCAUCUUUGCAUUUAUUUUGAUUCUUUCUCAA